AUGAACAUUCCAAAAUCUAACAGAAAAAAAAAAUCCACAAAAUCUCAUAACUCAUCACAGCCCCAAAAUAAUCCAAAUCCUCAACCUUACUAUUCUAAUCUUCCAAUUGAUCUCAACUCAGAUUUAGAUACAAAUUUUCAAAAUUUUCCGAAUUACGGUUCACAAAAUCUCAAUUUCUCAAAUCCAAGUACUUUCACUCCGUUUCCUUUUCAACCACCACAAAAUCCUAAUUAUUCAAAUUCUCCAAAUGUUAUCCCAUCUCUUGCAAGAGAUUCACUUCAGCAUUUUGUGGAAGGAAUAGUCUCUUACUUUAGUGAUGAAUACCUUCGAAAGCCCAAUGAAGAAGAUCUAGUAAGACUACUAAGGAUUGGUGAACGUCGUGGAUUUCCUGGCAUGUUAGGUUCUAUUGAUUGUAUGCAUUGGAGGUGGAAAAACUGUCCACUUCGAUUAAAAGGUAUGUUUUCUGGAAGACCAGGUAAACCCACAUUAAUCUUGGAAGCUGUGGCAUCAUAUGAUCUUUGGAUCUGGCAUGCCUUUUUUGGGACACCAGGUAGUCGUAAUGAUAUUAAUGUUCUUGAUAGAUCCCCAUUGUUUAAUGAUGUUUUUGAAGGUUGUGCACCCUCUAUUAACUAUGUUGUGAAUGGUCGCACAUACAAUAUGGGAUAUUAUCUCACUGAUGGUAUAUAUCCUAAAUGGGCGGCAUUCAUUCCUACAAUAUCACUACCACAAAAUGAAAAAGAAGGUCUAUUUGCCAAAGUACAAGAAGCUAAACGAAAGGACGUUGAGCGUGCUUUUGGAGUAUUACAAGCUCGUUUUGCAAUAAUACGGAAUCCAGCGCUAGCUCGUGACGCAUCAAUGUUAGAAAAAAUAAUGAUAGCGUGUAUUAUUAUGCACAAUAUGAUUGUUGAGGAUGAAAGAGAUACAUAUAAAACGUAUUACGAUCCAAAUGAAUAUGAUCAAGCUACAAAUGCGUCUUCAAGUAAUGAAAAUAAUGAAGAGCCUUUUCAGUUCCAAAAUAGCAACAACCGAAUUGCAAGUUUGGAAACUUACAUGUCUAAUAGAGCACGUGUUCGUGAUGAAGCUAUGCAUAAAGCAUUGAAGAAAGACUUAGUUGAACAUAUGUGGCUCAAAUUCGGUGUUCAAAGUAGGGACAAUAAUAUGCAUUAA